AUGGUUUCCGCCAAGGCUAUUAUGUUCACGAUGAUCACUGCAGUGAUGGCGCAGAACAAGACGCAAAUCGGCACCACGAGCGAAUUCCGCGUCUGCACUGUAGACGCAAGACCCAUCUACUCCGAAUCCUGCAUCUCCUUGAACCAAACUGGGUCAACCCAGUUUAAUGUUGCGGUCGGCUGUCGCCAGUAUGGAAGCACGACAUGCACCGGGAACUACGAUACAGUGGGUUACCGGAGUGACUGCUAUGAGAACAGUCGGUUCUUCCAAAACUUUGGUACGAUAAGCGGGAGCAUUUACUGCUAUCCUUCUUAG